AACCAGAAAGUGAUGCCAAGGGAAGAGCGUUGGGAUCAUGGCAAUUGUUCAGAGAUGAACACGUGGACACAUCUAAAUCAAGUAAAGCCCAAAACACCAGUUCGGACUCUUACGAUAGAAGUCGAAGGAGGACAAACAAAGUACCCUUGCCGAAAUUGCAGGAUGUGCCAUGUCAAUUUUUUGAUCAAUUGAAGGAUGAACUUCACGACUUUACAGAAAAGGAUAUGUGGCGUCUGAAUGUCGAUCUUAGAGAAACUUUUGCUAAACUCUUCGGAAUCCAUACAAUUUUUCCUUUAUAUUUAGACAGUUCUGAAUUUGUAAUGUGGUUCUUGGAUGAAAAUGGAUGUUUGUUUAUGUGGAAUAAAAUGGAUUGUAGUAUAAUAUACAUGGGAUCCAACUUGGAAGAAGGAAUUACGAACUAUCUCAUCCAUCCGGAUAGGAUGUGUUACAUCAUCGAAGACACUUUUGAGCGUGUACCU